CCUGUGGGGAAGGGGGGCGAGCAGAGCCCAGCAGACCACAAUGAUGCCUCAGCUCCAGUUCAAAGAUGCCUUUUGGUGCCGGGACUUCACGGCCCACACGGGCUACGAGGUGCUGCUGCAGCGGCUGCACGACGGGAGGAAGAUGUGCAAGGACGUGGAGGAGCUGCUGCGGCAGAGGGCCCAGGCCGAGGAGCGUUACGGGAAGGAGCUGGUGCAGAUCGCGCGGAAGGCGGGCGGCCACACGGAGGUCAACUCCCUGAGGGCUUCCUUUGACUCCCUGAAGCAGCAGAUGGAGAGCGUGGGCAGCUCCCACAUCCAGCUGGCGCUGGCCCUGCGCGAGGAGCUGCGGAGGCUGGAGGAGUUCCGGGAGCGGCAGAAGGAGCAGCGGAAGAAGUACGAGGCCGUCAUGGACCGUGUCCAGAAGAAUAAGCUGUCACUCUAUAAGAAGACCAUGGAGUCCAAGAAGAUGUACGAGCAGAAGUGCCGCGACGCGGACGACGCCGAGCAGGCCCUGGAUCGCGUGAGCACCAGCGGCCCCCAGAAGCAGGUGGAGAAGAGCCAGAACAAAGCCAGGCAGUGCAAGGACGCGGCCACUGAGGCAGAGCGGCUGUACCGGCAGAACAUCGAGCAGCUGGAGAAGGUGCGGUGCGACUGGGAGCAGGAGCACCGGACCACGUGCGAGGCCUUCCAGCUGCAGGAGUGCGACCGGCUGACCAUCCUGCGCAGCUCGCUGUGGACACACUGCAACCAGCUGUCAAUGCAGUGCGUCAAGGAUGACGAGCUCUACGAGGAGGUGCGGGUGGUGCUGGAAGGCUGCAGUGUGGACGCCGACGUCGACAACUUCAUCCAGGUCAAGAGCACCGGGACGGAGCCCCCAGCCCCCGUGUCCUACCAGAACUACUACGACCGGGACGUGACAGUGACGGGCAGCUCUGGCGUCUCCCCCUCCUGCGGCAUGAUAAAGAAGUUCUCAGGGCUGCUGCAUGGAAGUUCCAAGACCCCGACACCGGCAGCUUCGGCGGAGACCCUGCCUGCUGACCCUGCACAGAACGAGGUGGUCUAUGCUUCCCUGUCAGGGCUGGAGACGCCCGUGCGGGGUUACCGAGCCCUGUAUGACUAUAAGGCCCAGAAUGCCGAAGAGCUGGACAUCUCCGCGGGGGACAUCCUGGAGGUCGUGCUGGAGGGGGAGGACGGCUGGUGGACGGUGGAACGGAACGGGCAGCGAGGUUUUGUCCCUGGCUCUUACUUGGAGAAGCUCUGAGGAGGGACAGCUGCUCCACCUGGACCUGCCGUGCAUGGAGGGGGGCAGCAGGGGCCCCCUU